UUCUUCCGGGCGGUUGUGAGGUCGGAAGCAGGGGUUCCGGGCUCCGGGAUGAAAGGAGGGAACGCAGGUGAGAAAACAAGACCGGCUACUGGGGAAACCGUGAGGUGAACCUAACCCUAGGCCGCUGAGGCAGAAAUUGGAGACACGGCGAAGACGCUGAAGAACCGGACUGACAGCUGGCAGAGAGAGAAGUUGGCUACCAUGGAAUCACCAGAGGAGCCUGGAGCAUCCAUGGAUGAGAACUAUUUUGUGAACUACACUUUCAAAGAUCGGUCCCAUUCAGGACGGGUGGCUCAAGGCAUCAUGAAACUAUGUCUAGAGGAGGAGCUGUUUGCUGAUGUCACCAUUUCAGUGGAAGGCCGGGAGUUUCAGCUGCACCGGCUGGUCCUCUCAGCUCAGAGCUGCUUUUUCCGGUCCAUGUUCACUUCCAAUCUGAAGGAGGCUCACAACCGGGUGAUUGUGUUGCAGGACGUCAGUGAGUCAGUUUUCCAGCUCCUAGUUGAUUACAUCUACCAUGGGACUGUGAAACUUCGAGCUGAUGAGCUGCAGGAAAUUUAUGAGGUGUCAGACAUGUAUCAGCUGACAUCUCUCUUUGAGGAAUGUUCUCGGUUUUUGGCCCGCACAGUGCAAGUGGGAAAUUGCCUUCAGGUGAUGUGGCUGGCAGAUCGGCACAGUGAUCCUGAGCUCUACACUGCAGCCAAGCACUGUGCCAAGACUCACCUGGCCCAGCUGCAGAGCACAGAGGAAUUUCUCCAUUUGCCCCACCAUCUACUCACUGAUAUCAUCUCAGAUGGUGUUCCAUGUUCCCAGAACCCAACAGAAGCAAUAGAAGCCUGGAUCAAUUUUAAUAAAGAGGAAAGAGAGGCUUUUGCAGAGUCACUUAGGACUAGCUUGAAGGAAAUUGGGGAGAAUGUGCACAUUUACCUUAUUGGAAAAGAGUCAUCCCGUACCCACUCGUUAGCUGUGUCCUUACACUGUGCUGAAGAUGACUCCAUCAGUGUAAGUGGCCAGAAUAGCUUGUGCCACCAGAUCACUGCAGCCUGCAAGCAUGGUGGAGACUUAUAUGUGGUGGGAGGUUCCAUCCCAAGGCGCAUGUGGAAGUGCAACAAUGCCACCGUUGACUGGGAGUGGUGUGCACCUUUGCCCCGAGACCGGCUCCAACACACCCUGGUGUCUGUGCCUGGGAAAGAUGCCAUAUAUUCACUGGGUGGCAAGACACUGCAGGAUACCCUCUCAAAUGCAGUCAUCUAUUAUCGGGUAGGUGAUAACGUAUGGACAGAGACAACUCAGCUAGAGGUGGCUGUGUCAGGGGCCGCUGGUGCCAAUCUCAACGGAAUCAUCUACUUACUAGGGGGAGAGGAGAAUGACCUGGACUUCUUUACAAAACCUUCCCGACUUAUCCAGUGCUUUGACACAGAGACAGACAAGUGUCACGUGAAGCCCUAUGUACUACCCUUCGCAGGCCGCAUGCAUGCAGCAGUGCACAAGGAUCUGGUGUUUAUUGUGGCUGAAGGGGACUCCCUGGUGUGCUACAAUCCCCUGCUAGACAGCUUCACUAGGCUUUGCCUUCCGGAGGCCUGGAGUUCCGCCCCAUCCCUCUGGAAGAUCGCCAGCUGCAAUGGGAGCAUCUAUGUCUUCAGGGACCGAUACAAGAAGGGAGAUGCCAACACCUACAAACUUGACCCUGCCACUUCAGCUGUAACUGUCACUAGAGGCAUUAAGGUGCUGCUUACCAAUUUGCAGUUCGUGUUGGCCUAAGGUGGUGACAGGAAGAGCAGCUGACUCCUUCACCCUCCCUUUUUCAGACUCCUCCCUAAACUCAAAAUUCCCUGAGCCCCAAUUCAAAGUUAUGUUAUUCUGGGCAGCACCUCAUCUCUUCCUUGAACACAUAGGGUGUUUUGUUUGGGUAUUUUGAGACUGUUGAUAUAGAGCUGGCUGCUUGAACUGAGAGGUGGCCAGCCUGUUCUCUGCCAUCCCCGCUGAUCCUAUGCCUCAUUACAGAUUGCUUAGUGUGAGCCUUUUCUCAGACCUUAGGCACAGCCUCCCCUCUUUACCUAAUCAAUGUAAAAUAGGAGCACCUCAUCCCAGGGUGGAAGGAAAGAUUCCCAUCCCUACUUUUUCUACAGUCUAUGAAGUGGCUAGUUGAUCAUUUUACCACAAAGAAUUAGGUGUUAAAUUUUCCUUCAGGCUUUGGAUGGGAAAAUGGACUUAGCUAAAGGUGUAUUUCACCAGCAGGGGUCAACUCUAGAAUUUAGGACGUUCCUUUUAUCAUUUUCUCAUCUUCUGUCAGAAAAAGCAACUUUGGUUUUAUUUUUGGCUUACUCCAAUGUGAGUAAGCUAGAAAGUAGAAAGAAUUAUUUCUGAUUAAUAGCAGAAACUUGUUUUUCAGACUCAAAUAUAUAAGGUCUCUGCUCUUUUAAAAGCUCUAAGCUAAAUCAAGAGCUAGGAACUGUUCAUAGAAAUAAAAGUUUUUGAAAGGA